AUGGCUGCUGUUCCAUCUCAGAUCUCGGUCGUCGACCAACCCCACGAAGUCUCUGUCAAGAAUGCCAUGACUGAGCAGGUCACUGAGGUCGUAGACCUUGCGCCCCCUCUACUUCCCACUGAAAAGAUUGGUCCGAUGGGUUGGGUCAGACUCGUCUACCACUUUGAGCUACCCGAGAACUACGACGCCGAUGAGUUGACCACAAUCUUCAAGAAGAGUUACUCUGCAUUCAAGGACCGCGUUCCUAUUGCGGGCUGCGAGUUUGUUCCCACACCUACAUACCCCGAGGAUGGUGAACUACAACUCCGUCAUUAUGGCGAUGAGAUCGAACAUGACUUCAAGGUGAAGGACCUUCGAAAUGAAGACUUCCCUUCUUUUAAGGAACUCAAGACACAGGGCUUUCCUGCCUCGGCUCUAGAACCUGAUGUCGUCUGUCAACGAGGUCUUGGUGGAGAGUGGCCUGCCGCUGGAGUUGACAGACUCAACACCACCAUGCUGCAACUCAACUUCGUCAAGGGUGGUCUCCUUCUCAACAUGCUCUUCCUCCAUGCUGCUGUCGAUGCAGCCUGCAUGUAUAAGUUCACCGAGCUUCUAGCCGAAGAGGUCCGAAAGGCUCAGGGACUUUCUAUCUCUGAGCCAGCUGAGAUACCUGUGGUAGACCGAGCCAAGAUCGCUAAGUCUUCUGGUGCCAAGCCUGGUAACCCUGAAGACCACGCUGAGUACCUCGAGAUCCCUUUCACACCCACGGGCCCUCCUGAGAAACUGGCUAUGCCUAUCGCCCAUGGCAACGUCUUUUACUUCUCACCUGAGAAGAUCCAAGCCCUGAAGGAACUCGCUUCCCCUGCCAACGCCAAGCACUUCAAGUCAAAUAAGGACAACGCCCCCUUCAUUUCCACCAACGAUGCUAUCACGGCCCUCGUCUGGCGCUGCACUAUGAACGCUCAGCACAAGCAUAAGGAGGGUGGCGAUAAGCCCACUGGGCCUUCCAUGCUCGGCCUUGCUCUUGAUGCUCGUCGUCGAUAUGCUGGCCAGGAUGUUCACAAACACACUCUUGGCAAUAUUCUUGGUUUUGCUCCUGCUAUCAUGGACAUUGAUACCCUGAUGAAUGAGGAUGAUGUUACCCUGGCUGACAUUGCCUUGGUUGUCCGAGGUGCUGUCAACAAGUCCAAGGAGUCCUACCUCGAUAGUAUCACCGCUCGUGUCGAGCGUGUCGAUAACGUGGCUCGUCUUAUCCCUACCAUCUUCCUCGACAUGCCUGGCAACCACGCUCUUCUGUCUUCGUGGAGAGAGUUUCCAUUCUACGACAUCAAGUGGGGUCCUGCCCUGGGUGAAAAGAUUCUUGCUAUCCGACCUCCCAAGGUGGGAGUCACACACUCUAUGCACGUCCUUCUGCCUGAACGACCUGCCGCCGGCCCUGGUAUCGAGGUCUUCGUGAACACUGAAAAUGAUGCUAUGCAGACUCUUCUCAAAGACCCAUUGUGGAGAAAAUUUGCUGAGGGACCUGAGAGAGUUUAA